AUGUUGCUUUGUUGUUGUGAGCGCCGUGCAGGGGAAUGAGAAGAGAGCGGCUGCUCUGAGCUGCCCCACAGUUCAGCUGGACAGCAAGAUGACAAGACCGGUCGAAGCGAUUAGCCACAGAUCACUGAGCAAAACGCAGACGCGGUUCAGAAACACUUUAAGUCCCGUCGAGGUCGAGCUGUCAAUCCAGAACUCCUAGCCUGCGUCCGUUAACUUAGCGCUGAACUGAUCCUGCUUCAGUCGACACUCAUCUCGUUUGCACCAGUUUGUAGAUCGCGUAUCUGGCCAAGUAGGCGGCUGUGGUAGCUGCUGUUGGCUUUGAGUGACGCGAUUAAACAUGAAUGUACUUUUCUGGAAUCAGCUCCAAGCUGGAAGCUCGGAGGUGGACUGGUGUGAGGGGAAUUAUCUGAUCUAUUCUGGAAUAGCGGAGUUUUAUAACACGAUAAGCAACAUUCUGUUUUUCAUUCUGCCACCUAUUUUGAUGUGUCUUUUUCGCCAGUAUGCAACUCAUUUCAACAGUGGGAUUUAUCUGAUAUGGACACUGCUGGUGGUGGUCGGGAUUGGCUCCACUUACUUCCAUGCUACACUGAGUUUCCUGGGACAGAUGCUGGAUGAAUUAGCAAUACUGUGGGUGCUUAUGUGUGCCAUUGGCAUGUGGUUCCCCAAGAGAUACCUUCCUAGGAUAUUCCGUAGAGACAGGUCAAGGUUUAAAUUGGUCGUAGGCAUUCUUUCAGGGAUCACUACUGGCCUGGCCUUCAUAAAGCCGGCCAUUAACUCAAUCUCAUUAAUGACCUUGGGAAUCCCAUGCACAGCUCUUCUCAUCACAGAGCUUAAGAGAUGUGAGAACCUGCGCGUGUUUAAGCUGGGUCUGCUGGCUGGCCUCUGGUGGACCCUGGCGCUGAUGUGCUGGAUCAGUGACCGUAUCUUCUGUGAGAUGUGGUCGUCAGUCAACUUCCCUUACCUGCAUUGCGCCUGGCACAUUUUGAUCUGCCUGGCCUCCUACCUUGGCUGUGUGUGCUUCGCUUACUUCGAUGCGGCUUCUGAGGCUCCAGAGCAGGGUCCUGUGGUCAAAUUCUGGCCCAGUGAGAAGUGGGCCUUCAUUGGGGUGCCCUACGUCACCCUGCUGUGCGUUCACCGGAAGCCCUCCAUCAAGGUCACGUGACCGUCCAGUGCUGUCUAAUUUACUACCUUCUCAAUGCACUUUUUUUCGGAGACUGAGGAUAAAAAUGUUUUUUUUGUCAGUGUUAAUAAUAAUUUACACUCUACACCUCAUCGUGUUUUGUUAUGAACUGAUGCGGCAGCACAAAUGAUUUGUGUUUAACAGCACAGGACAAGCGCACAGCUAAACUCGGAUGCUCCUGUUGGACUGUGGCAUAAAUAGGUCCGGUCUCUCAAGCUGUAAUGUUUUUACGUACCAGCAGUGCACCUAAUUAAACCUUUAUUGUUAUGUGUGGACACUGGAUUUCAAAACCCACAGUAGUGUGCAAAAGUCUUAGGCAACCAAGAACAUUGAUUAAUACUGUUCAUCUUGGCAGUAAAUCUGUUUAUCUUUGCCAGUAAAAAGACUGUAUAACUUCAGAUUAAAUACAAAUAAACAUAAAUAUAGUAAAAUGUAACAUUUUUUUCCACAAAGCUUAUAGUUAUUAACUUGUGGGUUGGAAGGGCAUAAAAGAACACAGGUCUGGUUCCUGACUUCUCUGUGCACCAGCAGCACACCAGGUUUAAUUUAAUGAAGGAUUGAUUAGAUAAACUUGUUAUUGGAUGGCAGAUAUCAAAUCACAAUAUAUUAUUUACUUUUUUUACAUUUGUAACGCUAGAUUUUUUUUUAACACGUAAAUGCAUACUGCCCAGAAUAAACGGCAUUCGAAAUUGUUUUCUCAAGUGCCUAAGACUUUUACACGGUACUGAACACUAUCCUUAGCAAAGUACGUUCUAAAAGCACAGAGGAUUAAAUAAUUGUUUGUUCGCACAAAAGUUUUUACUCUUGCUUAUCUGAGUGUUGAUGGUGAAGUAUAUACCAAGUUCACUUCUACAGUGUAUCUUUAACAGAUAUGCAAAGAUGUAUAAAAAAAAUGACUGAAUGAGCACGUUUAUAGUAAUUGGUUGUUGAUGUAUUUUACCAAAUAGCCAUGUACAAUGUGCUAAAAACAAUCCACAGGAUCAAAGUACAGUUGUAUGCAAGAGUUUGGACACCCCCAGUCACAUGACAUCUUUUGUUGAUUUUCUAAGUAAAAGUAAGUCAACACAUCCUCUACAGAAAACAGAGAACAAGUUUUACAAAUUGGCAAAAGUACAUAAUAAACCAAAAAAUGCUUUGUUUUUUUUCCCCUAUGUUAAAUUCAUAUGUUACAUUUUGCAAAUAAACAGUUAUUUUGCAUGUGUUAAAGGGGAAAUCCACCAGUUUUUAAUUUUUUUGCAUAAUAUUAUUGUUGUGAUGUAAACAAAGUCAUUCAGAGUGGCCUGAUGUGAAACAGUUUGUUGUAGAGAAACUUACCACCUUAGAUUUCUUUACAGUGGUGCUGAUGGGAACCAGGGGCCACAAUGUCUACCACACAAAUAUAGCCAUUUGAUUUACUGUCCAACCAGUGAAUCUACAUGUGUCUUCUGACUUAUGUAAUGUUGAUGAUAAUACAGUGGAAACUCUGAAAAAAGACGUUUUCUUUUUGGACUAUUUAGCCUGACAACACCCUGCAUGUACCCCUCCAUCAUAAAUGGAUUAAAAUAAAUGGAUUAACAAGAUGUUUUAGGCUAAGACUUUAUCAUACAGCUAUUGUAAAGCAUUCAUAUCGUAGAAUAUUCAUAACCCAUUCAUGUAAUAACUGUUUGAGGGAGCUUUCAGAAGCAUUAACUCUUCAGACAUCUGGUUCCUGUCACUACCACUGUGAACAAUUUUGACUCAGUAACUUUCUCUAGAAUGAAGCAUUUCACAUCAGACCACUCUGAAUGACUUUAUCAUUUUACAUCUUAACCAUUUAAUUAUGUAGAAAUUUUGACAAUCUGUGGAAAAACUGGUGGAGUUCCCCUUUAACUUAUUUCUUUCCUUUUUGAAAAUCAACAAAACAUGUUAUAUGACUGGGGGCACCCAAACUUUUGCAUUUGACUGAAUCUAAACCAAGAGCAAAUGUCUUUAAUUAUGCCAAAUGCUCUUCCUCACAUUAGAUAAUAAUUUUAUUAAUAUUGAUACUAAUACCUUUAUAAUCUAUGGCUGUUAACUUGGUGGACUAAUAUUUAGUUUAAUGGUGUUUAUGGGCUGAGCUAAGUCACAUGAACUUUGAUCUCACUUAAUGAAGGGUUACAUUUAAUAUGUAUUAAUACCUUAACAGAGCUUAACACAGAUGUUUUGAUUUUGAAAAAGGGAGGCAUUUUGUGCUUUUGGCAAACUGUAUUGCAGGCUUUGUUGAAGGACUUAUUCUAGCUAUUGCCUCUGCUCAUAAAUGAUUGCAUGGAAGUUUGUUUGGUGAAAUGCAUAUAAAGGAAUGUUCUGCUGAGAAUGUUUAUCUAAUGUUUGCUAGUUGGUUGUAUUUCUUCUUCAUGAGGGGUUCAAUGAGGGGUUUAAUGAGGGGUUUCUGAGCAUAUUUCUUGCUGAAAGACUUGAAUGGAGACUGAAAGCUCUAAAAUCACUCUGCUAUUUUGUGUGCGGCUGGUUGAUGAUGGACUGAGGAGGAUGACCGCAGUACGACCGAAGUAAUCAUUCUACAUAAGUGAUGUCAUCCUUUGCAAGAAUUUAAAUUUACAGUGCCACAACAUAGCAUCAGUGUUACUGAGACUGAAUCAGCUCUGUUUCAGCAGUGAAAUCUAAAUCUGUUUUUGUACAGCUAUUACUAAAUCAGCUUCCUCUACUUUUGUAAAUGAGAAAAUGAUUGGAAGACUGAGGGUAAACAAUGCCAUGAAGGGCUGUUUUUUGGGGCUGUUUCAUCAGUUUUUUGCUGUUUCGUCACUCAGAGGUGACACAGGGACCAAGUAUACAAAGACUAUUUAUUUUUCUUGUUGGUAACUAAUCUUUUUGUAGGUAUUGCUGACAAAUGACUGUUUGUAAUUGGAACAACAUUUAAUGACUGUAUUUUUGCAUUUUAUUUUAUGUAAUAAAAAAGUUUCAUAUUACCAAC